AUGGCUGACAGGGAUUCUCGAUGGCUCGACCUCGUUUCCAUGGGUGACAUGGUGCUCAUCUCCUUUUUGGUGAAGUCAGAAAGUCCUCGUCCCCAAUAUCGGGUGCAUGAUAACCAACAAGGAUGUCAAGGCAGGCAUACGAGCUUUUGGCUGAGCCACCAGAGCGAGAGUCAGAUAGUUAUGCUUAGUUUUUCUCUCUGUCUAAAGUUAGAAACGUCCAAUAUCAGGAUACGAUGUGGUGGGCCAGCAGAGGCAGUCCCUGAUCACCGCUUCAACACCACCAAGCUUCGCCUCGAUUGA